CCAUUGUAGCCACAAUCUUUGCAAAAAAGAUGUACCCCCUUGAUUUGACUCACCCUGGAAUCAAAGAUUAUGGAUAUGGGUAUGGCAAAAGGGUGACCACUUGAAUUGAAUCACACAUAACACAAUGAAAAAGCCCCUGAAUUUAUUUUUCUUUUUUCCAUUUUCAUCCAUAAUCCUGUAGAAAACCCACACACUUUAAGGCAGUUGAGACAUUAAUAAAGAAUGCCUCUUGAUUUCAAAGAUUUUCAAGAAAAAGUUUCAAUUGGAUUCAGACCAUGGCAACGCUCCUUUGAAUUCUGGGCUCGAGCUGUCGAUAUCUACACUGGUUAUAAGGUUUUUCAAGUUCGAGUUAAUUUCGAAAAGGAUGAGAAGAAGGCGGAAGCAAUGUGGGAAAGACAACAUGAAUACGCGGCGGACAAAGUUUAUUCCAUGUGCUCCGACAUGGGUGGCUUCUUUCUCAAGAUUGCUCAAAUUCUCGGGAAGCCGGAUUUAGCACCGGCAGCAUGGGUAAGGCGGUUAGUUACUCUAUGCGAUCAAGCUCCUGCAACUCCACCUAACAUGGUUCAACUUGUUCUUGAGAAAGAACUGUGUAAAAAUGUCGAUGAAAUGUUUGAAAGAUUCGAAUGGGAUCCCAUUGGCUCUGCUUCAAUCGCUCAGGUUCAUCGCGCAAGGCUUAAAGGGGAUAAGAAUGAUGUAGUUGUCAAGGUACAACAUCCCGGUGUUCAAGAGUUAAUGAUGACAGAUCUUCGGAACUUGAAAGCUUUUGCGGUAUUCAUACAAAAGGCAGACAUCAAAUUCGAUUUCUUCUCGGUGUGUAAAGAAAUGGAGAAACAGAUAGGGUAUGAAUUCGACUUUAAAAGAGAAGCUGAUGCCAUGGAUAGAAUUGGAACUUUUCUACGUAAAAUUAACCGAAAGGCGCCGGUUAAAGUGCCACGAGUUAUACCGAAUGCAGUCACCAGGAGGGUGUUGGUGAUGGAAUAUAUAGAUGGGGUCCCGAUUCUGAAUCUCGGAGAUGAAAUUAAAAAAAGAGGAAUAAAUCCAGACGGUAAGAUGGCAGCAGCAGCAAAGCAGAACAUUUUAAAAAGUCUUACUCUUGCAUAUGGACAAAUGAUACUCAAGAGCGGAUUCUUUCAUGCGGAUCCUCAUCCCGGAAAUAUUCUCAUUUGUAAUGGCUCAGAGGUCGCAUUGCUUGAUUAUGGACAAGUGAAAGAUCUUCCAAACGCUUUGAGGCUCGGUUACGCCAAUCUGGUUCUUGCUAUUGCUGAUAACGAUCACGCAAGGGCAUCAGAAGGAUUCCGGGAACUUGGCAUAGACACCGUAAGCUUGUGUUCGAACGAACAGGCAGAACUGUUUAAGCUGGCUCAGGUGAUGUUUGACACGAAACUGCCACCUGGCGUCAAGGUGUUGCAACCGUUUUCAGAAGAUUCAUCGAUUAAGAAAGUUGCGGUUCAGGCUUUCCCAGAGGAGCUUUUUUCAGUCCUUCGUACGGUGCAGUUGUUAAGAGGGCUUAGUGUGGGUUUGGGAAUCAAUUACUCAUGUGCUGAGCAAUGGCGACCGAUUGCUGAAGAAGCUUUAUAUCUUGCUGGCAGACUAAAAGCUGAGGAUAUGAAGACGAGAGAACAAAGUAAACGUGGGUUUUUUAGAAGAAUAUUUUGGCGGUAAAAUGACGGGUUAACCGGUGAUGAUAACGAGUCAAACCGUUUAUAUGAGUUAUUUUUUUUUUCUACAAUUUAUGUUUACUUUCUAAUUUUAACAAGUUUUGUGAGAGUUUUCCAUUAUCAUUUGAAGGAUCAUUGUGUCGAACUGUCGAUAUGGAACGUCACUUGUCAUUCUUGUAACAAGUUGAAACGAGUGAAUAUCGGAUCAAAGUUGAUUAGGUCGAUCGACAAAUACUUCUUUGUCCUCUUACUUAUAUAUGAAAUUCGUUAUUGUUUGAUAUGUUAAA